GGGGACCGGACCCAAGAUCGGGGACCCGGCGGCGGCUCCGCGGGGUAACAGCAAGGCUGGCGCAGCGCCGAGGCCGGGGCCCUGGGGGCCCGCAAUCCGCUCCACGGAAUCCCCGAGGUAAUGGAGAAGCGGGAGGUGAGGCCCGCUCGGCCCCAAAAGAGUGAGGGGCCGAGAGUCAGAUUCUUGAGGCCCCGAGGGACUGAGCUGGAGCAUCAAGUCCUGGGUCCUGAGACUGAGAGUACCCAGUGUUUGGUGGGAAGACAGGGUCGUGAUAGAGAAGCUGAUGGGAUUCUGGACUCCUAGGUCCUGGGGGAAAGGGGACUGGGGAUCCGGAACCCUGGGUCCCGGGCGUGAAAGGGCAAGAAGCCGGGACCCCUAGGCCCUGUGGGAGUAGGGGGCUGACGGCCCGGACUCCUUCCUUUAGAAAGCGGUGCUGGAUUGAGCCCUUGGGGCCAUGGUUGUUUAAAAUGAACAACGGGUCUCAAUGGGGAAGGUCUGGUGCCUGGCCAUAGGGUCCACGCCGGCGGUGAUUCUGCCCCGGCCGCGUGACUUUCCGAGUCGCCACCCAUCCCGGGUCCUGGGGCUGAGUAGGAAUUCCCCACGUGCGGGGAUUCCACUAGCGCGGCGCUUGGCUGCGCGCCCCGCCUACCAGCCGGACACCUGGGGCGCGCGACUGGAAGGAAGGGGGAGAUGGAAGAUUCCUUUGCGCGAGCGCCGUGACGUCAGCGCGUCGCGUCUGGCCUGUUUCCGAGCCUGCCCCCCCCCCGCCCCCCGCGCUUAACACUUCCUCGGUCGGAACUCGGCAGAGUGAGGUUUGAGGACUCGGGCUUCCUGAAGGUCAGGACUCCUGGGUCUUGGGGACGUGGGUGCUAGGCUCUGGACUCCUGCGGGAUGGGGCCUAGACUCCUCGUGAGCCGGAGUGAGCGUAGCCACUGCCCAUCACAGACAGUGAAGAAGCUCCUGGAAGAACAGAGGCGCCGCCAGCAACAGCCUGACGCGGGUGGAGCACCGGGACAGUUCCCGCCUUCCCUGGCCCAGCCCCUGACCCCAUCUGUGAAUGAGGGUGAGGUUGGCCACACUUACUUCUCAGCACACCAGGAGACUGUGGGUUCUGGACUUGGCAGCCUGGCCCCCACCGCGGGCUUUCCAGAUUGGAACCCCAACACGCAUGCUGCCUACACAGACAGCCCCUACUCUUACCCUACUGCUGCUGAAGGUUUCCUAACUCCUGACUUCUACCCAUCCUCGGACCCAGGGCAGCCGUGUCCAUUUUCCCAGGGUAUGGAGGAGCCCCUGGAUACCCGGCUUUAUGCAGAACCUUCCCUGACACAGAUGGGAUCCUGGAAGCCUUCUGGACUCCCCUCAGGGCCCCCACAAUUGCCCCCUGUGGUCACUGGACCAUCCCUGGACACAGCCCGUGCUCAUAUGCUGGCGUUGGGGCCACAACUAUUGGCCCAGGAUGAGGAGGGAGACACGCUCCUACACCUGUUUGCUGCUCGGGGGCUACGCUGGGCAGCAUACGCUGCAGCUGAGAGGCUCCAAAUGUACAGACGUCUGGACAUUCGUGAGCAUAAGGGCAAGACCCCUCUCCUGGUGGCUGCUGCUGCCAACCAGCCCCUGAUUGUGGAAGAUCUACUGAACUUGGGAGCAGAGCCCAAUGCCACUGACCAUCAGGGACGUUCUGUCUUGCAUGUGGCUGCUACCUAUGGGCUCCCAGGAGUCCUCUUGGCUGUGAUUAACUCAGGGGUUCGGGUUGACCUAGAAGCCAGAGACUUCGAGGGCCUCACCCCACUCCACACAGCCAUUCUGGCCUUCAAUGUUGCUAUGUACCCGCCUGACCUCUGUCCCCGGGUGCUGAGUACCCAGGCCCGAGACAGGUUGUCUUGUGUUCAUAUGUUGCUGCACAUGGGUGCUGAUCACACCAGCCAGGAGAUCAAAAGCAACAAGACAGUUCUUCAUUUGGCUGUGCAGGCUGCCAACCCCACCCUGGUUCAGCUGCUGCUGGAGCUGCCACGGGGAGACCUGCGGGCCUUUGUCAACAUGAAGGCCCAUGGGAACACAGCCCUCCACAUGGCGGCUGCCUUGCCCCCUGGGCCACCCCAGGAGGCCAUUGUGCGGCACCUGCUGGCAGCUGGGGCAGAUCCAACACUGCGCAACCUGGAGAACGAGCAGCCUGUCCACUUGCUGCGGCCUGGGCCGGGCCCUGAGGGGCUCCGGCAGCUAUUGAAGAGGAGCCGUGUGGCACCCCCAGGCCUGUCCUCUUAGGACUCAAACCCAGAACCUGGACUGAUUUUCCAGUCCCCACCGUCCUGUGGGACAGCCAGCGUAUGCUAAUAUUGCAAAUCCCUGAUAAUGUAUGUGGAAUGUCCUGCCACUGGGGUCUUACAUUAAAACCCCAAAAUGGCUGCUGGGGGGAACAGUCCCCAAUAUUUGGGGUGGUGUGAUAUCCCUCCCUCACUCACAAGGAGCCCCCUUGUUGAUUUCUGUGAAAUCGAGGCCCCUUGAUUGUUUCUGUGAAACAACCUGGACUCCUAACCCCUUUCCUGCUGGGCUCUUUUGGGGCCCCUUCCCCUAACUUAGCUCUUCACACUUGGAAUAUGAGAUGUAACUCCGCCUACAUGGUACUUGGGGCAUCCCAACACAGCUCCCAGUACCAUCCCAGUAGAGCUCUUAUGAUGCCCUCCCCAACCUCCCCAGGAUCCCACCCUUCAGGUCCUUAACCCUGAGACAUAGGAAGAAUUCUCCUGGAUUAGAGUCCCCUAGGACCUCCUGGUUUCUAAUUCAGAACUCAACUUGGCCCCUGUCCCAGACCUCUGCAUUUCCCAUCAAUCCCUCCCCGAAACUCCCUAUUAAACUCAAUUUGGACUAGAA